GAGAACACUUGCGCUGGGGAAGAACAAGCAGUCGCCAUGCCUCGCGAGAAUAGACAACGUGGGCGCAGAAAGAAGAAGACCGAAGAAGAAGUCCAGGAAGAAGCAGAGAUUGUGGCUGUAGAUGCAGAAGCAAGGCGACACGAUCAUGCUGAAGGCGAGGGCGAUGAAGAGUCGGGCACCUUCUUCGGCCUGCUGGAUGAAUCGGAACAGCUCUACUUCAAGAACAUCGACGAUGCGCUGAUCGCCGACGAGUUUGCCGACCGCGAAGAGACGCGUCUGUUUGUUGAAAAUGUCUACAAAGAGGCAGAGGGCAAGGAACUCAAGCUUGCAACCUCACCUCUCGGCUCUAAAGUGCUCGAGCAGAUCCUCGCACGUUCUCAGCCAAGUCAGGUGAAGAACUUGUUCAAGACGCUCCAAGGCAACUUUCACACCCUUGUGCGACAACGCUAUGCGUCGCAUGUCUGUGAAAUGCUCUUUGCCAUCACGGCCACCUUGGUGUCUGCAGAACUCGCAAAGCCAUUCGCGGCAGAAGUCGCUGAUGUGGAUGCAGAGCCCAUCGUGACAAUGGAAAAUCUCUUCCUGUACAUGUACCACGAGAUUUCAGGAGACUUGGCAGCUCUUGGUGCAGAUAUCUAUGCAUCGCACGUUGUACGUGACAUCCUCCUUAUUUUCAAAGGCACCCUGUUUGUGGCCGAAGUGGCACAAGCGAACAGAAAGCGAUAUCACGGCCAAAAGAAGUUCUUGUGGUCACGGCCUGAAAAGGUAUUGCCUGUGCCAGCCUCAUUCAAGCAGUCUUUGCAAGAGGCACUCGCCAGCUUGUCCUCCUUAUCAGGGCCACAACUUCGCAUCAUGUCUAGUCAACCUUUCAGUGUCAGUUUCGUACAAGCGCUCAUCACCCUCGAGGCAGACACUGACUCAGGACGCCCGAUCCUAUCGGCCCUCCUGGGCGACACGCAGUCUGACGAGCGUGAUGACUUUGUGGAGACCAUCUUGCGCGAUCAAGCAGGCACGCGACUAUGCGAAACCAUCAUUGAGUCUGCACCUCCGGCACUCUAUCAACGUCUUCACCAGCUCUACUUCAUGGAGCGUAUGGCAAAAUUCGCCCACAAUCCGCUCACUAAUUUUGUCCUGCAGCGCUUCAUUCUCAAAUGCCCAGAUGCGGAGACAUUUGCCGCUAUUGUCAAGGAAUUGACGCCAGUGAUGCAGGAAUUGAUUGAACUCAAUCACAUGCUCGUUGUUCAGCGUCUCAUCGAGGUCAGUGUCCGGCUAGAUGUUCAGCAAGCGACACUCCUCAAAGAAACCAUUCAAGCAAUACAAGGCAAUAGCAAGGAGCUUGUGCCUCGAUUGUUGGCUCACGUAGAGCCCAAGCCAGACACAGACGAUCGGGCGCCAAGAAGACAUGAUUCAAAGUCACUCAAUAUGCAAGGCGCCUUUUUGCUGGAGGCAUUUAUGAACCUCUCGGAUGACGCACACAAGGCCGUGACCGAAUCAUUACUUGCCCUUUCGAAGGAGACAUUACUUGAGUAUGCAAAACUCCCUGCGCCUGCCAAAUUGAUGGAGUCCUUCUUGCUGCACACAAGAACUUCCCCAAUCUCUCGAAAGUUGCUCAUCAAUUCACUCUUUGGUUCCUUCCCAGACCUCGCCUGCGAUGCACGCUCCAGUCGUCUCGUCGAUGUGUGUUGGCAAGCAACAGGACCCAUCAAGCUCUACAAAGAUCGUAUUGCGCAUGAACUCGUCGACGCAGCGGAUCAAGUCCGCGCCAACUUUUAUGGCCGCAUUGUUUGGCGAAAUUGGCAUCUCGAUUUGUUUAAGAAUAAGCGUGGUGAUUGGCAGUCUCUUGUGAAGCAAGAAGGCGCCAAGGCACAAGCCAUGUCGAAAUUACAGGAUGAAGCACCAGCUGCUCGGCUGAUUGAACCUCAACAAGCAGCUGCAGCGGUAGAUGGGGUGGAUGCCGGACGGGCUGAGAUGAUGGCUGCAGAAGAGGCAGCGGCUGCGAAACGGCAACGAAAGGCAGAGAAAAAGGCGAAGCGGCCUGUUGAUGAAAUUGAUGAUUUGUUCUCCAAGAAGAAGAGGACGAAAGCUUAAAGUAGACCAGGUAGCUCGAGUCAAUGAAUGAGUCGUCCCAUCUGGCGAAUUUCAAAACUGCGACAAGACGCAUCCUGGACACGAGCUGAAGAAAGCCGGAAGUACGACGAUGGCAGAAGUGGAACAAGCGCAAGUGCCAGAGGGAAAUCCUCCUCGCAUAUCACCCGUUUACUGUGGUGUCUGCUCUUUACCGCCUGAAUACUGCGAAUUCCAGCCCUCCGUUGCGAAAUGCAAGGAUUGGCUAGAGCAAAACGACACUGAGCUCUUCAGUAAGAUCUUUGCUGGUCUGGAGCUCACGGAUAAGCAGCAAAAGACGACUGAGAAGCAUGAAGCGAAGCAAGCGCGCGCAAUGGAGAAGAAGAUGCAAAGUAAAGUGCUCAUUAAACGCAUUGAACGUGGAAAGCGGAAGUAUGUGACGGGCGUGUUUGGGCUGGAGGUC